UUUAGCCAGGCUGGCAGUUUCACAAUUCAUAGCAGGAUCCACUCUGGAGAGAAGCCCUACAGCUGUGACCUAUGUGGUAAAAGCUUUAGACAGACUGGGGAUUUGACAGCUCACCGCAGAAUCCACACAGAAGAAAAGCCAUACAGCUGUGACCUCUGUGGUAAAACCUUUAGCCAUGCUAGCAGUUACACAACUCACCGCAGAAUCCACACAGGGGAGAAGCCCUACAGCUGUGACCUCUGUGGUAAAACCUUUAGCCGUGCUAGCAGGUACACAGCUCACCGCAGAAUCCACACAGGAGAGAAGCCCUACAGCUGUGACCCCUGUGGUAAAACCUUUAAAAAAGAAGGUAACCUCAAGAAGCACAUGAGGAUCCACACUGGAGAGAAGCCCUACAGCUGUGACCUCUGUGGUAAAACCUUUGGCCAGGCUGACCAUUUCAGAGCUCAUAGCAGGAUCCACACUGGAGAGAAGCCCUACAGCUGUGACCUCUGUGGUAAAAGCUUUAGACAGACUGGGGAUUUGACAGCUCACCGCAGAAUCCACACAGGAGAGAAGCCAUACAGCUGUGACCUCUGUGGUAAAACCUUUGGCAAGAAAAGCAAUUUCACAGCUCACUGCAGGAUCCACACAGGAGAGAAGCCCUACAGCUGUGACCUCUGUGGUAAAACCUUUAGCCAGGCUGGCAGUUUCACAAUUCAUAGCAGGAUCCACACUGGAGAGAAGCCAUACAGCUGUGACCUCUGUGGUAAAACCUUUAGCCAGGCUAGCAGUUACACAGCUCACCGCAGAAUCCACACAGGAGAGAAGCCAUACAGCUGUGACCUCUGUGGUAAAACCUUUAGCCGUGCUAGCAGUUACACAGCUCACCGCAGAAUCCACACAGGAGAGAAGCCCUACAGCUGUGACCUCUGUGGUAAAACCUUUAGCCAGGCUGGCAGUUUCACAAUUCAUAGCAGGAUCCACACUGGAGAGAAGCCCUACAGCUGUGACCUCUGUGGUAAAACUUUUAGACAUGCUGGCAGUUUCACAAUUCAUAGCAGGAUCCACUCUGGAGAGAAGCCCUACAGCUGUGACCUCUGUGGUAAAACCUUUGGCCAGGCUGACAAUUUCAGAGCUCAUAGCAGGAUCCACACUGGAGAGAAUCCCUACAGCUGUGACCUCUGUGGUAAAACCUUUAGCCAGGCUGGGAAUUUGACAGCUCACCGCAGAAUCCACACAGGAGAGAAGCCAUACAGCUGUGACCUCUGUGGUGAAACCUUUGGCAAGAAAAGCAAUUUCACAGCUCACUGCAGGAUCCACACAGGAGAGAAGCCCUACAGCUGUGACCUCUGUGGUAAAGCCUUUAGCCAGGCUGGCAGUUUUACAAUUCAUAGCAGGAUCCACACUGGAGAGAAGCCCUACAGCUGUGACCUCUGUGGUAAAAGCUUUAGACAGACUGGGGAUUUGACAGCUCACCGCAGAAUCCACACAGGAGAGAAGCCCUACAGCUGUGACCUCUGUGGUAAAACCUUUGGCAAUAAAAGCAAUUUCACAGCUCACUGCAGGAUCCACACAGGAGAGAAGCCCUACAGCUGUGACCUCUGUGGUAAAACCUUUGGCAAUAAAAGCAAUUUCACAGCUCACUGCAGGAUCCACACUGGAGAGAAGCCCUACAGCUGUGACCUCUGUGGUAAAACCUUUAGCCGUGCUAGCAGUUACACAGCUCACCGCAGAAUCCACACAGGAGAGAAGCCAUACAGCUGUGACCUCUGUGGUAAAACCUUUAGCCGUGCUAGCAGUUACACAGCCCACCGCAGAAUCCACACAGGAGAGAAGCCAUACAGCUGUGACCUCUGUGGUAAAACCUUUAGCCGUGCUAGCAGUUACACAGCUCACCGCAGAAUCCACACAGGAGAGAAGCCCUACAGCUGUGACCUCUGAGGUAAAACCUUUAGCCAGGCUGGCAGUUUCACAAUUCAUAGCAGGAUCCACACUGGAGAGAAGCCCUACAGCUGUGACCAAUGUGGGAAGAGCUUUUCCUCAUCCAGUAACCUCAAGAAGCACAUGAGGAUCCACACUGGAGAGAAGCCCUACAGCUGUGACCUCUGUGGUAAAACCUUUGGCCAGGCUGACCAUUUCAGAGCUCAUAGCAGGAUCCACACUGGAGAGAAGCCCUACAGCUGUGACCUCUGUGGUAAAAGCUUUAGACAGACUGGUGAUUUGACAGCUCACCGCAGAAUCCACACAGGAGAGAAGCCAUACAGCUGUGACCUCUGUGGUAAAACCUUUGGCAAGAAAAGCAAUUUCACAGCUCACUGCAGGAUCCACACAGGAGAGAAGCCCUACAGCUGUGACCUCUGUGGUAAAACCUUUAGCCAGGCUGGCAGUUUCACAAUUCAUAGCAGGAUCCACACUGGAGAGAAGCCAUACUGCUGUGACCUCUGUGGUAAAACCUUUAGCCAGGCUAGCAGUUACACAGCUCACCGCAGAAUCCACACAGGAGAGAAGCCAUACAGCUGUGACCUCUGUGGUAAAACCUUUAGCCGUGCUAGCAGUUACACAGCUCACCGCAGAAUCCACACAGGAGAGAAGCCCUACAGCUGUGACCUCUGUGGUAAAACCUUUAGCCAGGCUGGCAGUUUCACAAUUCAUAGCAGGAUCCACACUGGAGAGAAGCCCUACAGCUGUGACCAAUGUGGGAAGAGCUUUUCCUCAUCCAGUAACCUCAAGAAGCACAUGAGGAUCCACACUGGAGAGAAGCCCUACAGCUGUGACCUCUGUGGUAAAACCUUUGGCCAGGCUGACCAUUUCAGAGCUCAUAGCAGGAUCCACACUGGAGAGAAGCCCUACAGCUGUGACCUCUGUGGUAAAAGCUUUAGACAGACUGGUGAUUUGACAGCUCACCGCAGAAUCCACACAGGAGAGAAGCCAUACAGCUGUGACCUCUGUGGUAAAACCUUUGGCAAGAAAAGCAAUUUCACAGCUCACUGCAGGAUCCACACAGGAGAGAAGCCCUACAGCUGUGACCUCUGUGGUAAAACCUUUAGCCAGGCUAGCAGUUACACAGCUCACCGCAGAAUCCACACAGGAGAGAAGCCAUACAGCUGUGACCUCUGUGGUAAAACCUUUAGCCGUGCUAGCAGUUACACAGCUCACCGCAGAAUCCACACAGGAGAGAAGCCCUACAGCUGUGACCUCUGUGGUAAAACCUUUAGCCAGGCUGGCAGUUUCACAAUUCAUAGCAGGAUCCACACUGGAGAGAAGCCCUACAGCUGUGACCUCUGUGGUAAAACUUUUAGACAUGCUAACAGUUUCAGAGCUCAUAGUAGGAUCCACACUGCUAUUUAUGUCCAACAAAUGACAUAUUGA